AUGGAGUCUACCACUAAUUGGAUACUCAUGGAAAAAAUUUAUGAUGGCAUAUUCAAACCAAAUGAGAAGGAUCCCAAAGGUUAUGUCCCUUGGAAGAUUACACCUCCUACUGGUCCAUUUGCACCACCUCCCACUAGUUCAAAGACUACUGAAGUUAGGGAAAGAGAAGAUCGCAUGAUGGCAUAUGUUGCAAGCAUCAAGGAAUCUCUCUCUACCCAAAAGGGUUUGAGAUUUAAUUUUGAUAUUGACGAUUUGGAUGUUGCCCCUGAUCCUUGUCCAUAUAACCUUCCUUAG